AUGAGAUGUAACAGCGAAAGUAAAAUAUCCAGGGAAAUGACAUCGGGAAUUAACCAAUACGGAGAAAGAAAAAAAGAAUCUAGAAGUUUUGGAGACUUUUCUGAUAAUUACAAUUUUCUGCAAAGUAAUGAUUCCAUUGAUAACUCUUUUGAAGAGAGAGAAAAAAGAAAAAAAAUGAGAGAAGAUGAGUAUAACAAAAUUAUGGAAAGUUCGGAAGAGAAGAGUGACUUUUUUAAUGAUGAUAAAAAUUGCUACUCCUACUCAGACAGGAGUGAAAAUUCUGAAUCAAAAGUGAGCAAAUCAUCUUCAGUGGGAUUGGCCUUCCCCAUGCAUGUAGACACUCAAACUGCAAACACAUAUAAGAGUGCCAGAACCAGCCAUGUGUUGAAACUAACGAGCGCAACUUUAGAAGAAAAUAUUUUAAGAAAUUUGGAAGACGACAGCAGCUACGAUGGGAAUUUUGGCAGCGAAACGGAGAAGAGUAAAAGUGUGAGAUAUAGUAGAAGAAAAUCCGUUACGAGUGAAAAAUCACUUGAAGGGGAUCACUUGAGGCAUCAGAGAAGUAGCCUAAAAAGUGGAGGAAGUAGUCGCAGAUUUGAAAAAUGCUCCAGUGGGGGGAAGGUAAAAUUUGACAAAGGCGAUAGCGCUGAUUAUCUCCAUAGGAAGGCAUACAUAAUGGCACAAAUGGGGGACACGCAAAAAACAGGUCUUUGGUUUAUAGACACCAUGAAUGAGAUGUUAGACAACCUUUGCGAUGGGAAUGAAAAGGAAGAGCACAGAAACGAUGGUACCGUUGUUAAUACCAGUUCGAACUCCAUCAUUUUAAAUUACGGCCCGUUAGGAAUAAACACCAUAUUGAGGUGGCCAGAAUAUUUAAAAUUGAACAGCCUAAUUUCGGGCAUUCAUAUUUUUCCCAUCUAUGAGGGUAUACGUAGCAUGUUUAUAAAAUAUCAUAGCCAAAAACUGGAAGGAAAAAAUAAAAAAGCAGGGAGAAGUGCCACCCUCUUAUCGUUACCCACAUUUCCUCAUGAAAAUGAGAAGGAUAGGUGUAUCCCAAAGACAUAUUCAAAUUUGCCAAACUUGAAUGUGCCAACUGAUAGUCAACAUACUGCACAUGUACAAUACCAUCACAACAACCUUCACGCGAAAGAAGGUGUCACUAUAUACGAUGACGAUUAUGAUGAUUUUCUCUUUUCCAAUUUGCCAUACUUAAUCCAAAGAAUGAGAAACAAGUAUAAUAAAUUCUGCGAACAUGUUGGAGAAAGAUUAGAGCAUAUAGACAGAGAAAAUUACACAUUUAAACAAUACUGUUUUGCAGUAUCGAAAAUGUUUCUCCAAAAUUUAAUAAAUAUUAUACCCUUUUCAAAGGUCCCUGGGUUACUUAGCCAUAUGACAAAUUCCUUCCAUACUUGUAUCCGUCCUAAUGAAAAUGAAGAAUCUAUGACGGAGACGGAUUUUAUGAACACGUAUAAUAUGCAAUAUAGUAGCAGCAAAAUGGGAACAGCCUAUUCCGUACCGAUGGAGUUGGAUAGGUCGAUGUCAAAUUUAAGUACCACCAUUCAAAUGAACUGCAUGGGACAGACAAAAAAUGUUUUCCCCCAUUCGAACGAAGCGUUUUCUUGCAAAGGCGGAGGGAGUCAGAUCUUUCCAAGGCGAAAAAGCUUGAACGUAAAUGAGCAACAGAGAAGGCAUAGCUUCUCUCAAAUUUUCCAUGGCACCCAAAGAAAGAGUACAAUUUUGCCAGGCGGUAUACUUGAGGAAAGACGAAAUUAUCUAACAGGCAAUUUUAACACCCUUCCAAAGUACGUAAAAACGUGUGCCAAUAGUCGCAAAAAGUUAAGCAAUUCUCUAAGACCUGUGGAUUUAAUCAAAAUGGCAAGUGUGAAAAAUAAUGCGCUUAUAAAUGUGGGCACAUUACGGAAGUGUAAAUCGUCGUACGACUCAUCAGGAUGUCAUGAAGGAGUGCCAAAGGUUAACACAAAAGCGGAGGCUGAGGAGGAAGAGGCUGAUGCGGAAGGUAAGCAAUUAGAUAACAUGCAAAAGAACUCCUUCGAUGAACUAGGUGAGUCGUUCAAUGCAACCACCAAUGAAAAUUACUGCACGGCUAAGUCCAUUCCCCUUAACUAG